AUGUCUCAACCGCUCAAACUACUCCACCUCCCAACACUGGUUCUUCAAAGCGUGCUCCAGUUUCUUAAUCCAAUUGAGUUAUUCGAAUUGUCCCAAUGCUCCCAAAGAGCCCGCUCCAUCAUUUCGCUAUCCGGUAGCAGAAAGUUCAAACUGCACAUGAACGAGUUUACUAACUCUAUCCAUGUCAACGGCUACUCUUUCCAUAUUCAUAGCAAUGACUCUCCAUCAGAAUAUCCUCUGCAUGGAACCCGUACUUUUAAUGAGUCUAUUGUAAAAAUUUCCCAUCAGUCAGAUCAGGAGUCGAAGCAGAAGCUCAUUAGUUUCUGGGAUAAUAAGCUAGUCGGAUUAAAGACUGUCUUCUUCCAUCUCUCAGCAGUUUUCAACUGUCCCACUGAAAAUGCGAGGUUUUCUCAUCCGAUUCCAGCAGCAUUCUUCAUGCCAAUCAUCGAUUUUAUCAUUAGCCGACAGUCCGAAAUCAAUGAACUCUAUGUCGGUGGCGAAAACCUUUCUGAUGAAUAUGUGAUUGAGAUAUUCAAUAAAUUGAGAGUCACUGAACAUCUAGUUUUGUGUCAUCAAUUUUCUAGACCUCCAUCAAUUCCAUUCAACUCUAAAUUCAUUUCUAUCUGGAACUCCGCUUGGAUCACAACGGAACACUUGAAUUUAAUGAAGCACUGUACAACAAUUCACCUAGGUCGGUCUUCAUUAACUGACCGUGAUAUGACAUCACUCUUGAACGACUGGAAGUCUGGACAGUUUCCAAAUCUUCAAUAUUUAUGCAUCCAAAGCAAUUUCCUUAGCAAAAACUUCACUGCAUUUGGACUGCCGUCACUUCGAGAUACUGUAAAUCCACAACCUCAUAUAAAAAGCAUCCUUGGUUUUAUAAUAUGGAUUUAUGGAGGUGUUGCUGUUCAAAGAGAUGAUGGAGUUGUUGCAACUGUUCUUUUCGACAAGGAAGAUGGAGAUUUGCAAAUUCUGGUUUUGUAA